GCAUUUUAUUUACGUAAAUUGCAUUUCAUCAUGCUGUCGUUUGAAAAAAGAUCUCCAAAGCAAUGACGAGUGUGUGACAAGAGCAUGACAUCACCACCAAUCGCAAACGACUCCCUUGCCUUCCCCAAAAUCCAUACGUCAAUAAGUCUGGAACUUCCAAAGCAAAGCUCCUCCCCGAGGGCCAUAUAAAUAAGUAUCCCCCGUCCCCACUUCCACAUAUAUUUCCCCUUGUCUGGAUCCCUCUCUCCCUCUCUUCCUUUCACUUGCGCGGCUGCUUCACUCCAGAUUUCUUCGUUUGAUCUCAUCUAUCCGGUUCUUCCGCCUGUGAAUUGCCAAUCUUGGAGUGGAGGACAAUGCGUUUCUCGAGUAGCAGCAGCAACGGUCUCGCUCAUCAUGGCUUUUAGCUUUGAUUCGUCGGCGUCAAGCCCGGAAGAGGUGACUUCCAAGCUCCACACGACUCCACAGUUGCUUCACACGCUCAUCCACCAGUGCCCCGUGCUUGUCAUCUGUGCAAGCUCUUGCUGCGUGAGCCUGGUUGUGAGGGAGCUCUUCUCCAAGCUGGGAGUUUGUCCCACUUUGUUUGAUAUCGAUACCGACUGCGAGGAUGGAGUAGAGGUAGAAAGACUUUUAGCGAACUUAGCAGGGAGUAAACAGCCGAUACCUCUGAUUUUUGUUGGGGGAAAGCUCGUCGGAGGACUGGAUCGAUUGAUGGCUGAUCACAUCAGUGGCAGGCUCCUCCGCCAGCUGAGCGAGGCCAACGCUUUCUAACGAUGGAAAAGCUCAGAAGAAAAGAUAAAAAAACGAAAUGUUUUUGUAC